AUGGCGGCGCGUAACUCCCACGGCUUAAAAUUCAAUCGCGGGCCGCGCUUUCUCGCCGCGCCGCACCACGUCGCUACACCCACGCUGCGCCACGACACAGAGCCGUGGAAACCCCCGGUGGCCCGCUGGGGCGCUCCCGCCGCGCCGAUGCUUUCACCGCAGUUACCGCCCAUUCAGCUCUCAUGUCACCCGCUGUCGCCGAUUGCGCUAACGAGCCGUGAUUAUAAAAAUCGUUUUUGUUGCUUGUUUCAGGAUAACAGCCCUGGCCAGGAGAUCCUCGACACCGUAUUCCGACAUCUCAAUCUCCUGGAGACGGCGUACUUUGGCCUGCGCUACCUGGACGCCUCAAAUCAGACGCACUGGUUGGACCCUGCCAAGAAGAUUGCCAAGCAGCUGAAAGGGACGGAUCCUUUCACGCUGUACUUCGGCGUGAAGUUCUACGCGGCUGACCCGUGCAAACUGCUGGAGGAGAUCACGAGGUACCAGUUCUUCCUGCAGGUGAAGCAGGACAUCCUGCAGGGCCGGCUGCCUGUCACGUUCGACCUGGCGGCCGAACUGGGCGCCUACGUCGUGCAAUCGGAGCUGGGCGACUACGACCCCCGGCGGCACUCUCCCGGCUACGUCUCCGAGUUCCGAUUUCUGUCCAACCAGACCGUCGAACUGGAGUCCCGCAUCGCCGAGCUGCACAAGGGCCUCGUAGGUCAGCUGCCAGCAGUGGCGGAGUUGAACUACCUGGACAAAGUGAAGUGGCUGGAGAUGUACGGCGUAGACUUGCAUCCUGUGCUGGGAGAGGACAAUGUGGAGUACUUCUUGGGCCUCACUCCCAGUGGCAUCAUUGUCCUAAGAAACAAGAACAAAGUCGGAAACUAUUAUUGGCCCAGAAUUACCAAGAUUUACUUCAAAGGCCGAUACUUCAUGCUUCGGGUGUGCGACAAGAACAACGACGAGAACACGUAUGGGUUCGAGACGCCGUCCAAGUCAGCGUGCAAGCACCUGUGGAAGUGCUGCGUGGAGCACCACGCCUUCUUCCGCCUGGUGCAGGUCUCGCCCACCACGCCCGACAUCUUCUCUCUGGGAUCGCGAUUCAGGUACAGCGGCCGCACGGAGAAGCAAGCCCAGCGCGACGCGCAGCUGCGCCUGCGCAGUCCGCCGCAGUUCACGCGCACGCCCAGCCGGCGCUACCAGCGGCGCAUCGUCGAGGGCGCGCAGGACGCGCCUAAAGUAGAGGAGACUCUCAACAAGGAAAACGCGCCGCCACCACCACCGCCAGUUCAAGAGCUGAAGCCAAUUUCGACAGUCCCUCAGCCAAUACCUUCGGUAAGCAGUUUGUACCGAUCUACGUGUAGCAUCCCAGCAGCACUGCCAUCAACACAACAGCGGGCAGAUUCUCCUCGCUCGACACGGUCGGCACCGUGGACACAACCGGUUCACCAGCCACACAUGCGUGGUCUCUACUCCAGUUCCAGCCCACGUUCUGUACGCUCUGCAGGACAUCACAACAGUCAGCUACUCAGCCGUCUCACACGCCGCUCCUCCAGUGUCGAGAGUCAGAGUUCGAAUGACUCACGCUCCUGCAAGAGACAUCGUCACCAUCGCAGUCGCCGAAGUUCAGACAAUGAGAGUGAAUUGUCAAAAGGCUCUGGGUCUGGCAAAUCUCACAGCCAUGGCCACCGACGACACCGACAUCGAUCUCACGGUACUCACCGGCGCGAGUCCAGCAGUGAACAGGACUCUCACCACCGCCACAGACACAAGAGCUCCAGCAAGCACAGGCACAGCAGCCAUUAUGAGCUGGUGGACUCAGAAGCACAAUGGAAGGAAGUGCAAAGAAAGCAAGCUGAAGGAGGUACUGGCAUACAUAAGGCUAAUGUCAUUCCAAGUCGAAGAUCAGGCUAUAUGAACAGUGGUAUGGAGACUGAAUCAGAGCUGUCCUAUCACCAGAAACGCAAACAGAAGAAGCACAGGUCUAGAUCUCGAUCUCCAUCCGAAACAAAGCCAAGGCUCCCAGAUGAGUUAAAGAAACAUUUGGAAUUUGAUUUGAUUGAUACAGAGGGAAUGUCAGAAGCACAGCUAAGAGAAAUUCCUUAUAAAGUGGUUGAAACAAAUAGUAAAGCCUUAAGAGUCAAACUGUCACCAACCAGUAAGAGAAGACAACGUUCCCCACGAAGGACAAAAAGCUGUUCCACGCCGGAAGAGAAAUGUCAGCCUCCCAGCAGUGGAGACAGCCCACCACCUCCCUACUCUCCUCCAGAUGGUAGCGGACCACCCAAGCCUGGCCCUUUACCCCCAGGUGGGGGAGGCAACUCUGGCACUCAGGGUGGUGCAGGCUCCGGACUGACGGACUUCCUGAACAAGAACUCCGGAUCCAGUUCCGCCAGCCCUGCAGGAUCUCUGCGUAUACGCAAUACUAACACUGAUGUCAAUGGCAUUAAUAACAACAGUAGUAACAACAGCAAUAGCAAUAACAAUAACAGCAGCAACAACAACCAUUUACCAAGACUGUCAACAGCACUAAACGUGUUGGAAUAUCGUGGCAGUAAUGUAAGUGGCAGCAGUACUUCACGUGCUGGCCAUCCAAGGGCAUUCAGUUCUGCAUUAUAUGACAAUCCUACUACUCUCCUUGGAGGCAAGACCAAUGGGCACCUGCCACAAAAUAUUAACAACUUAAAAGCAAGUGCGUCCGUUAGUCACGAGCAUUCUGAUUCGGGACUCAGUGCAGAAUCCCAGGAUUAUAGUUUAUAUAGCACAGCAAGAUCAAAUGAUGGGCCAAAGUACGCACAAACAACAAAGCUGUCAACUGUAUCUGUGCAGCCUCCUCUGCCUUCCUUAGUGAGUAAAGGUGGUGGCCGGGAUUACAGUCAACAACAACAACAACAACAAGCUAACACUCGGCCUUUUCACCAACCUACCUCCCACUCUUCACAAAGGCAAUGGGAAGAUGGUUCUUCAGGGUUAUAUCGCUCCUCAGCUUCUAAUGUAAAUAAUAACUGGAGCCAGCAGCACGGGGGUAGUGGAGGCCGCAGACGUGGGCCUCUCUACUACCAGCAAUCAUCAGGAAUCCUCAGGGACUCAAACAAGUUCAAUACAAGCACGAUGAGCUCUGUUUGGAGCAAUGACACAGAGACUAUAUGUGAAGAUGAAGAACCUCUAGAAACUCAAACAAUGUACAAGCCCAACAACGGGGAUUCAUCCAGCAGUAAAUCUGAUAUGGCCAAUGGACAUGAAGUUGCACAUGAAAUGAGUACAGAGCUAUAAUAAAAUUUGCACUGGCCAAAUUACUGAACAAAAAGAAAUUUCAUAUAAAGACAUAAGUCAUGUGUGUGAUAAUGUGAACUAAGUGUUUUACCAGUUGAAUUUUGUACCCAUCUUAUUGUCAGAAUACAGUGUUCUGUAGUUGAAAAGGAUUUAUAUAAAAUUUUUAAUACUGUGUUUUAAUAAUAGACAAGGAAGAACAAACCAAAGGAUGAGGACAAUCUGGAGAGAAUGUGUUAGUCUGAAAUAGAAGACAUUUUCAAAUACCAAAUAUUUGAAAGAAUGACUUGCAAUCAAUGUAAAAUUUCAAUUAGUACUGCAGGUAAAAGCAAUGUAUCUCUAAUAUUAGUAAUGAUGUGCCUGCAACAAGAUGAAGUAAAAGAAAGGCCCAUUCUCUUUCAUUAAUCCAUGAGCUUUCUACUUCCACUACAGAAGUGUUUACUGAUGUGCCAUGGUAUUGCUUUUUGUCCCCUCAUGUUUGUGCUAAUGUCAUAUUGUGUGUGUCUUAUUUAUGUGAAAAUGUAUUUAAUUUGAAAUAUAUGUGUCUGUUGUAUCUGUGGUUAUUGUAUGUAUGCUCAGUGGCAUUACUUAGUUUUGUAUAUAGCAUAUUCACAUUCCACUGUAAAUAUGCAUGGACUGUAAAUAAUAUUUGAAACAAAUAACAGACUGAACUACCAAGAGAAAGUAUCCCUGUAAAGAAAACCAUAUCAGAUUUUCUUCAGUUUACCAGCCAAAGCAUGUAAUAAUGGUUUAUAUAGUAGUAGUCCCAUUAAUCACAUGAGCAUUAUGUUGAAUCUCAUAUAUUUUGUUCCUCUUGCCAUAUUAUUUCAUUUUAUUCCUAUAAAGUUAACUGUGGUGCAACCAUGAGUUUUAAUGUGUUGUUGUUAUUUUUAAAUAAGGAGAACUGUGUGAAGUUGGCAAUUUCUACUGCAGUUAAUAUUCAGAGUCCUGCAAUAGAUGUGCUGUGAUACUAAACAGUGUACUGACUGACUGUAUACUUUCUUAUAAUAAUACCAUGAAGGCUCAUAUUACAAGUAGUUACCAGCCACUGUAAUGGGGAGUAAAUUUGAAUUGUGAGCACCAUUGCCCUAAAUGAAACAGAAGUUGUACCUAUUAUCAGAUGCUGUACUGAGUAACAAAAAUCCCUUUACUUGCCCAUAUAAUGCUGAUUUUCCUUUCCUCUCUCUCUCUCUCUUUUUGACAGAUAUUGCCUCAAAACUAUUUUUGAGCUGAUUUUCAGCAUUGAUAAUAGCAAUAAUUAUUCUUUGAAGUACAGUGAGCUAAUGUUAACUAUAUAAGAAUAGCUCAGAAGGGCAUGAGAGUGUAUGCUUUGUUUCCCCAUUGUACUUGCCAUAACUGUCAAUGCAACAAAAUGUCCGAGGUUGUUCAGAAGUAAAUAAGUCACUGAUACAUGUAAAAACCUUGUCAUAUUUGUUGCUCCAAACGUAAUUUCAACAGGUAUUCAGAUAGAUUGUAACAGACAUCUUUAUAACAAAAGUGUUUUUAAAAAAUACAGAACAUCCAAUGUAUUUGUAAACAUCCUGCCAGUCAGAAUGAAUGUUUAGCUGCCUCAAUUCAUCACAUCAUUAAAUAUUCCAACAUGCAGCAAGAAUGCUUAUACAAUAUUUGAUUAUUUUUAUCUCAGAAACAUGCACUAAUUUAUGAAUUAUUCUGAAAUUUUGAAAUAUACAUCUUAAAUAUUAUUACUGUUACAGAUUUAAGCUUUAUCAGAUUUUGUAUUCUAUAAUUAACUGUAAUGAUAAAUGAAAUGGCUGUGUUAGUAAACAGUCCUUAAUGUCCAUACCAUUUCAAAAUAUCCCAUGAUUCAUAAAAAGAUUGCAGUGGAAAAUUAUCCAAAUUAAACUGAUGUGGAUGAUGCUUCUUUACAUGUCAGUUGGAUUAAAAAUAAGGGGUUGUCAUAUACAUGUUUUUACACUUCACUAAAAUUGAAGUAGGUAUGGUGAAAUUUGUCCAUCAAAUGUUUCUGCAAAAUGUACGUAACUCAAAACAUGACUGAUGGUAUUGUGGUAAUCAAAUAUUUUGUAUUACCUUUCAUUGUGCUCUUUGUGUGUGAUCUACAAUUUUAUACAAAUGUGCAAGUAAUGAAAAGAUGGGCACAUUUUAUUUUUUGUCAUAUAUAUAU